AUGUGCAGGCACAACCACAGGCUCUCCCAAAACUUCAUCUCCAGCUCUCACCAGUGGACAGUGAGUAGCUCCAGCAGCUGGAGAACUGGACACACAGAUCUCAUCAAACACAAUAUCAACACAGGAGACUCCCCGCCCAUCCGUCAGCGUGCAUAUAGGACUGAGCCUAGGUGAGGAAAGAGCUGGACAGGCAAGUUGAAAAGUUGUUAGUUCACAACCUUAUUGAGGAGAGCAGAUUUUGCUUUGAUUUCUGGAAGUUGAAUGCAGUGACAGUGCGAGAUGCAUAUCCCCUGCCACGGACAUCAGAUGCUUUGGACAGCUUAUCAGGUGCAUGCUGGAUCAGUACAAUGGACUUAACUAGUGGUUCCUGGCAGGUUGAACUAGCUGAGGAAGACAGAGAGAAAAGUGCCUUCAUGACUGGCAAAGUGGUGCCGAUGGGCCUCACAAAUGCUCCUCCCACUUUUCAGAGAUUAGUGGAGCUUGUACUCCGUAGCCUACAUUGGAAAGUGUGCCUCAUCUACCUUGAUGAUGAUGUUGGUUUUCAACACGACCUUCAUGGAACACCUACAGACUCUCAAAGAAUUGUUCAUGCAGUCCCAAAAGGCUGUCUUGAAGCUCAAUCCAAGCGUCAUCUUGCUUGCACCCAAGCCACGUUCCUUGGACAUGUCAUAUCCAAGGAUGGCCUGUAGCCCAACUCGAAGAACCUGGACAAGGUCAGGGACUGGCCCACACUCAGAACGACUACUGAAGUGCGAGCCUUUACAGGCUUGUGCUCCUACUACAGAAGGUGUGUUAAGAAAUGUUGAUUCUGUUGUGGCUCCAUAUGAAUGCUCUGACAAAGAAAGGAAUUAGAUUCCACUGGAGCUCCGAGUGUGAGGAAGCAGUUCACACACAAAAAAACGCUCUCACUAACCCUCCCAUUGUGGCACACCCAGUGUUCACAGAGCCGUUCCUACUUUACACUGACGCAUCAAAGGCUGCCGUAGGGCAGUGCUUGCACAUCGCCAAGACAACUGGGAGUGUAUCAUAGCAUAAACCAGUCAUACCCUCUCAUCAUCAGAAAGAAAGUGGGCCACCUAUGACCAUGAAUUAUGGGCUGUUGUAUGGGCUGUCAGAAAUGUUAAGCAUUUCCUGUCCAGCAGUUCAUUCACAGUUAUAACAGACCACAAGCCUUUUGUCUGCCUCAAGAAAUGUCCAGGGGAUAGUAACCCCACAGGAAGGAGAGGAAGUUGGAUCUUGGAAUUGGAUGUGUAUGACUAUGUUAUGGUACACAGGGAAGGAAAACAACAUGCAAACGCAGACGCCAUGUCACGGAGACCUGAACACACAGAAAUCAGCAAAGAGGUACAGUGUUUAAUCACCCACCUUAGCCCUGUGUCUGCGCCUCCUUCUCUACCUCCUCGUCCUCCCCUAUUCCUACGUUUGAGGCCCUACACAACGCUGCACACCUUGCUCCUAUUUCAGACACUUCUGAGACACUAGCCAUCAGUGGCGUGUAUUCAUGGAUGCCAAGGGAAGCCAGGCUUCCCCAAUUGACCAAUAUUUUUUUAUAUAAAUUUUUUAUGUAUCUUUCGUCUCUCUGUGUUUCAUAAUUUUCCUUCAAUUUGCAAGAGGCUGAAUGUAUCUCACAGGCGAAAGCAUCUGAGCAAGCGAAACAGUGCCCCUCUGUCUCUCUACGUGUAGGCCAUCUAUCUGAUGCUGUCUGGUCCAAACGAGAAUGCAAUGGCAAGCAUUUCAGCCAGGUAGCCGAGGACAACAAAAAAUAAAAGCGUGUACUGUAUGACAGAGUGAUAGACCGUUUCGUCAACAUGAAAGAGAGUAGGAUGGUAUUAGCAUUUCUCUACAAGUAGGGUGAGUCAACAACUUCUUCUACUUGCACAAACACGCACGCACACACACGCACACAGAAAUCAGAACCAUGGACAGCCACCUUAUAUGUAGCUUACGUUGAUUGGACUAAAUAGUUUUUGAUAUAUUUUAGUUGUCACUGUAUUAGACUAAGCAAAUGGUGCUGUAAUAAUAAUAAUAAUAAUAAUAAUAAUAAUAAUAAUAAUAAUAAUAUGCCAUUUAGCAGACGCUUUUAUCCAAAGCGACUUACAGUCAUGCGUGCAUACAUUUUUACAUAAUAGUGGAGGGAGCUCCUGUUUUCUUUGUGACUUGCGGUAACUCUCUGUGGCUCUAAAUCUAAAUAGUUGUUUAGUGUUCCGAAUAUGUCGGAAACAUUAACUUGCUUGACCAUGCUGUAGGUCAUGUCUGUACAUGCAAUAUGCUUUGUGGACUUCACUGGACAGAGGUUGCUAUCCGGUUUUGUGAUAAAACAAGGUUGUGGUUGAAUUUAUUCUGCCACUGUGUCUUCUUAUUGUCUCGGCCUUUAGGCCUAUAUAUCACGGUCGCAAGGCAUAUGAAUUAACUGAAUUUAUUGAGCAAAUAACGCAAUUAUCACAACACAGAGGUUGUAAUAUGUGUUAUGGCCAUAUUAAAACCUAUGUGUUGUGAUAAUUGCGUUGUUUGCUCUAUAACCUGUUAGUUCAUAUGCAUUGACACAGUGAUAUAUAGUCCCAAAGGCCGAGAAAAUAAGAAGACACAGUUACAGAAUAAAUUCAACCACACCUUGGUUUCAUCAUAAAACCAGAGAGCAACAUCUGUUCAUUGAAGUCCACAAAACUUGGAUGUAACAAACAGUUACAUGACCUACAGCAUGAUCAAAGUUAUCGCAAUUCUCAAAGAAAAUAGGCGCUGCCUCCACUAUUUCAGCACCAUUUUAACUUCAACAUUUCAACAUCAUCUAAUGCUUAGUAUAAUACGAUGACAACUAAAUGAUACCAAAAACGAUUUAGUCCAAUCAACCUAAGCUAAAUAUGAUGGGUCGGUCCAUGCUACUGAUUUCUGUGUGUGUGUGUGCGUGUGCGUGCAAGUAGAAUAAAACCUGUUGACUCACCCUACUUGUAGAGAAAUACCAAUGCCAUCCUCCUCUUUCAUGUUGCCUGAACAGUCUAUGACUCUGUCAUACAGUACACGCUUUUAGUUUUUGUUGUCCUAGGCUACCUGGCUAAAAUACUUGCUCGCUAGCCUAACUUCCAUUCAUCGGCAAGGAUGCGCCAGGCCAGCUAGUUAACAUUAGCCAGCCAACUACAUCUAGCUACAUGUUGAACUUCCAUCCUGUCAGCCAGGAACACAAAGUAUGGAUUUGUGGAUGGAUCAGAAACGCUGUUAUAAUCAUUGGCCAGUACAGAGAUUUAAGUUCAAGUCCCUAUUUCUUUCCAAGGCUAAUUUAGGAAAGGGACAAUUUGAGCUAGCUAGCUAGCCACCGGAGGACAACUACACAACGAGAUGCAACAAGUCAAGUUUUCUGUCUGUGACGUUUGGCUUCUAAUGUGAUUUGAUUGGUUUGAAGCCAAAUCCAAACUGGCUUCAUUUGACACUUUUUUUUGGUGUGCCAGGACCAUUCACAGUUGAGCUCACUCAGUUUAGCUCAACGCUGAUUGGCUAUUUAUCGUUUUAUUUUUAUCAAGGGAGGCCAAAUUCUCCCUGGCUUCCCUUGCAUUCAAUGCUACGGGCAGCAACAAUGUCAUACUCUUUUUGACAAGUCAGGAUAGAUGGGCUAUACAUACAGAGACAGAGGGGCACUGUUUCGUUUGCUUGGAUGCUUUCUCCGGUGAGAUACAUUCAGCCUCUUGCGAAUUGAAGGACAUUUAUGAAACACAGAGAGACGAAAGAUACAUUAUUUUGUAUGGUUUUUCUUGGUCAUGUUUGGUGGGAAGCCUGGCUUCCCUUGGCAUCCAUGAAUACAUGCCACUGCUUCCAGAGGCACUCAUCCCAAAAGCAACUGACUCUCCUUCAUGGAAAUGUGUUCAGUGGACAUUUAGGUGCUGAGCGUACUUUGCUGAGAGCUCGUAAACUGUGUUAUUGGCCCUACAUUCACAAAAAUGGUGUCAGACCUCGUAAAACAAUUAUGCAAAGUACUGUGCAUUGAAAAAACACGCACAUCGCCAUAUCAUGCUCAGUGCGUUGGCAUGGUAGAGAGGCAGAACCGGACCCUGAAGGACCAGCUUACAAAGUACAUCAGUCAGUACGGUGGGGAAUGGGACAAAUAUAUCCCUCAGGUGGAGCUGUACUUCAAUUCAAGUGUGCACUUGAGUACAGGCUUCACCCCUUACUUUCAAGCUCAUGGCAGAGAGCCUCGUCUGCCAGUGGAUGUCCUGUUUAACGGUAACUCAUCUCUCGCACAAACAGCCCCCUCAACACCCACUGCUUAUGCCCAGGAUCUGACCACAUGACUCACACACGACCCCAAGGAGGCGGACCAGCAAUCUACAAUGGCAAAACUGCAACAGAAACAUCAUCAUGAUCGAAAGGUGUUUUUUUGCCCAUACAAGGAAUGGGACCUGGAUUUCUUGGAUGACUCAGCCCAGCGCAUGAACAAACUUGCACAAAGAUGGAAGCGUCCAUACAAGGUGAUGAAGAGGUCACAUCAGGCCAGUAAGACAUAGACCCACUCCCACCUCAUUGUCCGGGACUCUGCCUUACCGCCCACCAGCCCGGGCGCCAGACUCUAUCCCAUUCCGUGUGCUAGUCCAUGCCCCGGCCAUUGCCGCUGGGGAUCAGGAAAUACCUCUAAUAACUCCACCUGCCCAGGGUUACCCUAACCCCAGACAUGAUGCUGAACCAAACGGGCCACCUCCUGUAGUACAGGCCCCUGCCACAACAAGGUGUGGCCGUACAGUCAAAAGCCUUCCAGGUUAAAGGACUUUGUUACUUAGAAUGAUUAGCCUCAGCCCUCCUACAGUUGUUUUCUGUCAGGUUGACAGGGUGUUCUCAAGUUGUCAUUGAAAUGGGGACGUUUCCUUUUGUAGGGGGACACAACUGUAGCCUUACUUUUGCUAUGAUUUGUAUUUUGGCAUAAUGUAUUGAGGCACUGUUAUUUUGUACCCUGGGGACUUUUAUUUUGAAAGCAAUAAUAUUCCCAAGGGCACCUGCUCAUGUCAGGAGAGGGUGGAAGCAAAAAAAGAGGCAGAGUGAAUCUUCAUCACUGAUUGGCUGCAUCUCCUGGUCCAGGAGACAUUAAACCACAAGUAAUAGUUUUCAGUUGUUUUUUGGUGGUGGAGAUAGUGUUAAAUACCUACAACAUGAAUUAAGGGUUACACUAGUGUGGGGUUGGGUACAGAACCCCAGAGAAGAGAGAGACGUAAUAAAGUCCCCUUACCUUUUCACUGUAUCCUUGUAGUUCUGUAGGGAAACAAAAUAACACAUUAAUAGAUGUAUUGAUCAUAGAAAAUCAAUCUAAAACAUAUGAAUAUAUUGCUACAAUAUUUAUUUCAUAAUAGAUAGGGCAGUUGAUUUAUCAGAGGUAGAUUAGUCCUUACCUGCAGGAAUGAGAUGUCCUCAGCUCCCAGCUCUUCCUCUAUGGUUCUGAUUGUGUCUGAAAGUGAUGAUAUCUCUCUGCUCAACUCCUCAAUCUUCUUCUUCAUCAUCUGACUCUUCUGCUCCUCUUCCUCCUUCAGUGCAACUAUCCUGGCUCUCUCUUCCGCAUAUAGAAACUGAUGAAGCUUCUUAUACCCCAUCUUAAUCAGCCUCUCUGUGUGCUGGGCCUGGCUCUGGAUACAGCAGAGAGGAAUGUCAAAUAUAUCAUCAAUAAUUGAUCAUCCAUAACUCCACAGAGUUAUGGUAAAUCUUUACAAUAUAAUUAUAUCUCAGCUUCACUCUGUAUUCUUACCUUGAUGUGCUCUGCUGUUUGAUCACAGGUCAGUUUAACUUCUCUAAAGACCUUCAGUUUCUCCUGUAAGGGCUCCAGUGCAAUCUUGAGUUUCUCCUGGAAUGAAACAACAUUAUAAACAGAUGCUGUGUGUAAAAGGAGUGGAUUGGCACACAGAUCUUUAUUCACAUUUCACAAUAUGUGCAGUACAUGCUGUAAGCCAAGUAGUGUUAAAUACAUCUCCUACCUUAUGAUCCUGUGCAGCUUCAUCUAUUGGGCAGAAGUCAUGGCUUUUAUGCAUUUUUGAAGUUUGACACACAAAACAGAUGGGCUGUUUAUCCUCCAGACAGAAAAGCUUGAGUUUCUCACUGUGCUGACUGCAGAGCACCUCAUACCCUGCUGAAGCUCUCUGACUUCUAUCCUGUAAGAAGGCCUCACACAGGUUCAUUAAAACCAGGUUACAGGGGGGGAAUUCCAUUGAUGAUUUCUUUCUGCAGACUGGACAUUCCCGAGAUGUCUUCUGUUUCCAGUAUUCCUCCAGACAGGCUUUACAGAAGCUGUGGCUACAGAACAGGACCACUGGAUUCUUGAAGAUGUCACGACAUACAGCACAGGAGAAAUCAUCCUCUGAGAGAAAAGCUUUAGAUGCCAUUUCUCACUGCUUAUCUCUCUGUUAUGGCUUUUGA